AUGAAAAUCGACCCUUCAUAUAGGCCGAGCUUGGUGGAAGGAAACGGCGAUCUCAGUUUGUUGAUUGAUUUGUAUUCCGAAGAUGAGGUGUUAAGAAUGGAUUCAGGAACCAGAAUAGCAUACGCUAUACAUCUCUCCUUACAGCCAAGCCUUCUUCGGACUCCUGAAGGGACCCCGUGUGCCAAGUACCAGAGGUGUGAAGCAGAUCUUACAAGGGCUGACUUGCUUGCCUUCUGUCAAGCUUUAUCCAAGAUUAGUCGUUUUAUAUGGCUGAGGAUUCCGUUGGUGAAGUCUGAUGCUGAAUCAAGGGAUGCUACCCCCAAAGAGUCUGGUAAGGCUGCCAUGCUUAUAGACCUUUUAAACCUAUAA